AUGCUAAGGCCGCCACUACUUCACCGCGCGACGUCGUCGUCAUCGGGCCACCAUACGCCCGAAGGGCUAGGGCCAGCGCUUCCGCCGCUGCUCGCGGAGAUAUCGGUCUUCGUGGUGCCGGCGAAAAUGGACAUGGCACAGGCCGUGUCGCAGAUCGAGGCGCUUGGUGGCGAGCGCUCGCUGCGACCUGAAGACGCGCAAGUAAUCAUUACCGCACUUCGUGGGCGUCCGCGGUUGGAGAGGGUUCUGGGCAAUGCGGUUGAUACGGUCCCCAUCCUCCGCGCCGAGUUCCUUACUGAUGCGUACUCUCGAGCACAAGCAGCCGGGGAUAUGCCUCCCUCCCUCCCCAGGCGGAAAGACUACCGAAUCCCUCUGCGCCGGCGGAGUGCGUCCGUUGAGAUCGUGAGCGGGCCAACGACACCACAGCCGCCAUCUACAUCGGGGCCCAAGCGACCUCUGUCCCCCACGCCACCAGUUACGCCCUCGAAGCAUCACAAAGUCGCGCCACCAGUUACGCCCUCGAAGCAUCACAAAGGCGCGUCACCCAGGACGUUGCAGAUGGGCGGAGCCGAACCGGGAACCGACUCCCCCAGUUUGGACAUCACCCUCUACCCUCCAGACAUCAGAUUCCGCACCAUCCCGCGCCUCGCCGUCCAGCGACCGUCACCGCUGACAUGCCCGAACCAGGACAUUAUCGACGCGAUCAAACCAAUCUACCUCGAGCGCGAGUACGAUGAGCUCGCGCAGCUCAACACCAACGUCUUAAGUUAUCGGCGGAGCAUGGCUAUCAUCAAGAGCGUCCCCAGGCGUAUUAAGAGUGGAGAGGAGGCGCGCAAGCUAGUCGAUGUUGGGGCCAAGGUAGCUAACCGCAUCGAGGAGUAUCUCACCACAGGCCAAAUCGCCGAGGCGGAGGAGAUCAAGGCGUCACCGCGUUUCCAAGCACUGCGGCUGUUCUCCUCGGUCUGGUCUGUUGGCCACUCGACUGCGGCUGAGCUGUGGCGAGCUGGCUGCCGCAAUCUCGAGGAUGUGCGACUGUACUUUUCGCGGACUGAUGCGCCCCCAAUUCUAGAAGAUGGUGGUGAUGGGUGGGAAUACGACCGGGCGACCGCGCGCGAGGAGCGUGCCCGCCGCCAAAGGCGGGAAGAGGGGGCAAUGACGCGCGAGGAGGUCGUAUCGGCCUGGCUCAACCUCAAGGACGAGCUGGAUACGCCCAUCCCCAGAGCCGAGGUCGUAGAGAUUGGCGCCGUUGUCGCGGACCACCUCGAAGCCCUUGCGCCUGGGUGUGCGCAGACAAUCACCGGCAGCUAUCGGCGGGGAAAGGAAACGACGUCUGAUGUCGACGUCGUGUUUCGCCCUCCAAAAGGAAACGAGACGGCCGCGGUACUAGGCGCGCUGCUCCGGCGGCUAAUCCGCUUCGGGAUCAUUACGCAUGUGCUCCAACUCUCCGAGCGCGAAACUGGCACUCCGCUACACCACGGCGGCGCAAACUUUGACAAUCUCGACAAGGCGUUCGUCAUCCUCUGCCUGCCCGGAAAAACGCGGCUGCAUCGCCGCGUCGACCUCAUCUGCGCCCCGCCCUCGCGGUAUGCGGCUGCAGUGCUAAGCUGGUCAGGGAGCAUGAUGUUUGAGCGUGACCUGCGACGCUGGGCUGAGGACCGCGGGUACAAGUUCCGCGCGGGACUGAUCGAGAUCGCGACCAACCAGGAGGUCAACUUGGACAGCGAGCGCGAGAUCCUCGGAUUCCUUGGACUUGGAUACGUGCCGCCCGAGCUGCGGAAUGCCGAUGGGUGA